GGUAUUCACUGCAUUCCAUAUUUAUUUACAAAUCCAUUCUUCAUCAUUGUUUCUAUUGCCAUGUUGUGGCAAUACUAUGGAUGGACUAUAUUAGCAGGAUUCCUGGCUAUAUUUCUCUACAUUCCUACGCAAUUUGCUUUGAGUAAACUAUAUUCAAAAUUGAGAUUACAAGCAGCCAUAUUAGGCGACAAAAGAUUGAACCUAUUGAAUGAGAUGAUUGCUGAUAUGAGAUUAAUUAAAAUGUACACCUGGGAAUUGCCAUAUGCCGCAUUAGUUGAGAAAAUCAGAGAGAAAGAAAUGAAAAAAGUUCGAAUGUUUUUAUAUACAAGGGGAGUAUCGAAUAUAUUUUCAUAUCCUAUAUCGAAGUUAUUUACUUCCCUCACAUAUCUUGCUUUUUUCUUAAAUGGAGGACAAUUAAAUGCCCAAAUUGUAUUCAUCACUAUGACUGUUUCAAUGUACAUUUUCGUUAGCACUGUUAGUCUGUUUUCAAAUGCACUAAAUAUUGCUGCAGAAAUUUUGGUUUCGUUGAAGAGACUUCAGGAAUUUCUUCUCCUUCAUGAAAAAGACACCAAUGAUAUCGAAAUUGUGGAAGAAGUAGGAAAUUUAAACAAAUAUGGAAUAUGGAUGAAUAAUGUUACAGCUACAUGGAAAAAUGAGUCCCAACCCACAUUGAGUAAAAUAUCUUUAAAUGUACAGCCUGGAGAAUUAUUAACUGUUAUAGGUCCUGUUGGAUCAGGAAAGACAUCUUUAUUAAUGUCCGUUUUGGGAGAGAUUCCUGUUACGUCUGGUAAAGUGAUAGUAAAAGGAAAAAUAGCUUAUGCUUCUCAAGAAGCUUGGGUAUUCAACGAAACUGUCAGAGAAAAUAUCUUGUUCGGAGAAGAAUUCAAAGAAGAAAAAUACAGGAAUGUCUUGUAUAUAACUGCUCUAGAAAAGGAUAUAAGCUUAUUUCCGAAAGGUGAUCUGACUAUUGUGGGAGAGAGGGGAGUGAUAAUGAGCGGUGGGCAAAAGGCAAGAAUUAAUCUAGCAAGAGCACUAUAUCUCGAUGCCGAUAUAUUCCUUCUUGAUGACCCACUUAGUGCUGUUGAUGUUCCUGUGGCAAAACAUAUAUUCGAAAAAUGUAUAAUGGAGCAUUUGAAACAUAAGAUUUGCAUUUUAGUUACGCAUCAAGUACAGUUUUUAAACCCUGCAAGUAAAAUUUUAGUGUUAAAUAAGGGAACAUGCGAGUUUAUUGGCAAUUACAAUAAAAUGGAAAGUUUUGAAAUGCUUACAGAAAUAUUACCAGAGAAAGAAAUCACCAAAAAUAGGAUAGAAUUAGAGACUGCACUUUUCAACGAUGAUGAAAUAAUUAAAAGCACUGAAACUACGUCUGAUGAUAUUAAAGAUAUUAACAGUGUUAAUGUGAGUAACUUAAAUAAGAGGUGGCAGUUUCGAUUUCUUAUUUUGAAUACAG